AUGUCAACUUCAAGUAUAGAUCGUCAGCAAUUGUUAGAGCAAAAACGACAGAGAUUACAAGAAUUAAAACAAAAACGUCUAUUACAACAACAACAACAACAACAAUCAUCGACAUCCUUAUCAUUAUCAUUAUCACCACUGCCAACUAGAGAAAUCUCACCUAGUUUUAUUGGACAACCUAUAAGAAAAAGUGUUGAUGUGUCUACUCAAACACAAUCAGAUGUUUCGAUAACAGUUGAUUCAAAAGAUAUUAUUGAAAAAGAAGUUAGUAAAUAUGAUAAAGCUAUUCAAACAUCCCCACCUAUUGAACAAGAUAUUCAUGUGGAUACUAUACCAGAUCGAAAUGUUCAAUUUAAUAAUAAACAAGAGAUACAUGAAUCAGAAUUGAAUGAAGCAUUGACAAAGUCAAUCAAAUUAGUUAAUAAAUUACAUAUAACAAACACAAUUAUUUUAGAUAAUGGAAAUCAAGAAUUGAAGAAUGGCAAUACCACUUCAGGUAUUGAAAAAUGGGCAACUUUUGAUACAAAACAAUCCAUGGUCUCAAUUGACAUUAAUGAUAAUUUAUUAGCUAUUGCCUUCACUAAAAAUAUCACUAAUGAUGCGAUUAUCUAUAAUAUUAAUACACCUAAUCUUUUCCCAGAGUACUACUUGAAUUCUUUAUCUCAAAUUGAAAUCCUAAAGUUUGACAAGUUUAAUAGGAAUAGAAUCAUUGGUGGGUUGAAGAAUGGAGGUAUUUGUAUAUGGGAAUUAAAUGAUACCCAGAUUUCAUUAAUGCCAGUAUUGUCUACUCCAUUAUACACUUCACUCAUGAAUACAGUUGGAAAAUCUAUAGCUUUACAUUUAAGCAAGAUUGUAUUUCUUAAGCAAUUAUUGAUUGAUGGAAAUGUAUGCAUUAUGUCAAUAUCUCAAGAAGGUAUUCUCAACUUCUGGUCAACAAACCUAUUAGCUGAACCUAAAAUGAGUUUCAAGAUAUUUAACAAAGAAAAAAACUUGGAUGGAUUCCAAAUCAAUGGUGGUGUUUAUUUAGGUGCAGAAGAGGUUGUCGGAACAGGAUUUAUUUCGGAUGUCAUUGUAAGUGCAAAUGAUGGAAAUUUAUAUAAUGCAAAAGGUGAUUUGGUUCAUGAAAAUCUUUGUAAAUCCAUGACUCAUUGUUUGAAGAAACUUGGGAAUUAUAUAAUUACAAGUCAUUCUGAAUGGAAUUUGAAAUUAUGGAAUAAAGAUCAAGUUGAUCUGUUUAAAGAAAUUCCAGUUCCAUAUAUUGUUCAAGAUAUUGUCAUACGACCUAUCAAAUCAACAUUACAAUUUGUAACAAUAGGUCAUUCAAAUCUAACUAAUGGGAAACAAGUUGUUGAUUUAUGGGAUUUAAAGAAAAAGUUAUAUUCUCCAAUAGCUACAAUUAUUGAAACUGAUGAUGAGAUUAUAAAAGCUGCAUUUAAUGAAUCAGGUGAUAAACUUGUAAUAAUUGCUAAAACUAACAUUAUUAUUUAUAAAAUUGAUGAAUCGUUAAAAGAAUCUAACAGCAACGACUUUGAUAAAGGUAUUUAA